CCUUCAUUUUCCUCAAUUAAAACCAAAAGGAGCGCGUAUUGCAUUUUAGUGCGCUGAACAGUAUUCUCUGCUCUGCUCAUCCAGAUCCGAACCGACCUUCACUACAACGACGCUCUUUGCUCAUCUCAAUGACUAAAUCCUCUCCGCCACCUACUCCUAGCGUUUCUCGGAGCUCAUCACCGGCGUCAAGAAAGAAAUCAACAGUUGCGUGGAGUCGCCGAUCGAUGAUCUACGAAUCUCAAUCACCGAGACGAGCUCGUCUCGCUUUGCGAAACUCGUUAGGGUUUCCAAUUGUUGGUACCGUAUCGGCCAGAAGAUGAUCGACGGAUCUGACGCAGUUUCGAAGAUGGCGUUCGAGUCGAAUGGGCCAGAAGUUUUAGGAGUUCGAUUGCAAGAGGAUAAGGAGACUAGGAAUUCGAUUCUCUCUGUCUUCAGGAAGAUGCGGAACUCGUUGAUGGCGAGGUCAUUUGGUUAUUGCAGUGGAGAAAUUCUGGGGGCCCUAAACCCUCGAGUUCGUCUGAGGCAUCCAAGUGGUGGUUUCAGUGGGACGGUUGCGGAUAGCAAUGGGAAGAGGUUCAUUUGUGGUUUUGCAGUUGGUGCAGUUGUCGAUCUUCAUAAUGCAGACGGAGGAUGAUGACGAAGAAGGUGAGAGACUGAAGACUCCAAAAUUCAUAUGAUGAUGAUGAUAAGAAGACGGAGAGGAUGAAGAUUAGGGGUGGGCACGGUAUGGUACG